UUUUCUUUUUCCUUCUUCUUCCCUUGUUGUUGUUUCUUGUCCUUUUUCCUUGUCUUUCUCAUAAUGGCUUCCACAGAAUACGGUAGCGUGCCUCCUCGAACCGAUGAAGAAACACCUCUUGUCGGUGAACGCGCGGUCCAGGAGCCCCAGACAUGCUUGCAAAAGUUGAAGCACACCUUGCGUCUCCAUGGCCACCGUGUUUUCAUUACUUGGUUUAUCAUCAUCCUCAUCACGGCUGUGAUCACCUUGACCUAUUAUUUCUCUUCGCACUCCAACGAUCUAUUGCAGCAUCAAUGUGUUUCCGACCGUAGCUGGUUUGUCGCCUUGAUCUUGUCCAUCUUCUUUGGUCCCUUCGGUGUGGAUCGUUUCUAUCUUGGUUAUGUGUUUCUGGGUAUCCUAAAACUCGUCACGGCUGGUCUCGGUGGUAUCUGGUGGACCAUUGAUGUGAUCCUGAUCGCUCUUAACGUUCUCACCGAUCAUCCCGAUGGUUGUCACCUUCGCUAAUACUUUUUAUGCAGAUACCCUUUCCUUACUCUCAUCAUUUCUACUUGCUUGUUGUUUACCAUAGCGGAUAAUCAAAAAAGAAUCUCAUAUCAGAAAAAAAAAAGAAGAGGUUGAAUACCCUUUGUUGUGUACCUAAUUUACUGGAUAUCGAAGAAUAUAAAUAGUU